AUGCCCCCCACCCUCCGCCUCUCCCUCUUUCUACCUCCUUCUCUGCCUCCUCUCUACCACUCCUCUGCUUUCCUCUGCCUCCUCUCCACCUCUGCAUCCCCAUUCACGUCUCCUCUUCCUGCCCCUACCUCUCCUCUACGUCCCUCAUUGUCUCUCCUCUUCCUCCCCCUCUGCCUCUACAUCUCCUCUACCUACCCCUCUGCCUCUCCUCUUCCUCCCCCUCUUCCUUUGCCUGCCCCUCUGCCUCCCCUCUUCCUCCCCCUCUGCCUCUACAUCUCCUCUACCUCCCCCUCUGCCUAUACAUCUCCUCUUCCUCCCACUCUGCUUCUACAUCUCCUCUACCUCCCCCUCUGCCUCUACCUGCCCCGCUGCCUCCCCUCUUCCUCCCCCUCUGCCUCUCUUCCUCCUCCCACUCUGCCUCCCCUCUGCAUUUAG